AUGGUCAUGAUCCACAUUAACAAAGUUCCGGCAGCGGUUGCGACAGCGGUGCUGUUUCUAGUGGUUGUUAUCGCUCCUCAGUGGACGAAGGCACAGCCACUGCCGCCACUCCCGCCAAUGUCGCCACUACCGCCACUCCCGCCAAUGUCGCCACUGCCGCCACUACCGCCAAUGUCGCCAUUUCCGCCAAUGCCAAAGAUGGAUCCAACGUGCAUAACAGAGGUCUCUGAUAUCCUUCAAAAUUGCUACUCAACGUUUAGUCUGACGCCAUCAGAUAUAUGUUGCAAGAAUCUCAAGUCGGCCAGCGCGAAACAAGUGACUUGUGUAUGCGACAAUUUCAUCGCACAUCCAUUCAGCAGCAACUUGACCCGACCUUUCUACAACCAAAUCAACACCGGAUGUGGUGUUGUUGACAAAUACGCCUGCAAUGGUACAAGUGAAGGAGGAGAUCCUAAAGGAGGAGACGAUAACGGAGGAGCAAUGAACAAAAUUGCUGGAUCAAUGGGUCUGUUUGGUUUGGUUACUAGUCUGUUCUUCCUUUUGUUUUAAUUUAAUUCGGUUAACUACAACUUGGGACUGCCAAGCUGAAAAUUGAAAACUAAUAACCAUGGUUUCUACUAUGAUGUUCUUCGAGUCUGAAAUUUAUAUUAUUUUAAAUAUGUCUGAAGAGAGCUAUUAUAAAAGGAAAAUUUGUUAACCGCGGGGGGAGUGAUUUGUUCACAUCAUUUCUAAUAAUACCAAUUUCAAC